AUGUCGCGUCAUCAGUUUGACUUGGUCAUGUGCAUGAAGCAACCAGGUACGCAUAUGGGAUUGCUUUGUGAGAAAUGUGAUGGGAAGUGUCCGAUUUGUGAUUCAAACGUAAGACCGAAGAGUAAAGUCAGGAUAUGUGAGCAAUGUGCUUUUGGGAAGAGUGGGACGAGUUGUAUAAUAUGUGGGGGGUUGGGAUCUAAUGAAGCUUUUUAUUGUUGGGAAUGUUGCAAGUUGGAAAAAAAUAAGGAUGGUUGUCCAAAGAUCAUAAAUGUCGGAAGUAAUAGGGCAGACCGGCAUUUUGAGAAGAAAAAUGUCGAAAAUAAGUGA